UCAGCUGGAAUGAAUUUAACAUUUAACCCUGAACGUACAGAAGGAACAUGGUCAACUCCACACAGGUUUCAUAUUUUAUACUUGAUGCUUACUUCGACACUGGGAUGUUAAAGUACUUAUACUUCCUUGUUCUAACAGUUGUGUAUCUUAUAAUCAUCGCUGCUAAUGUUCUUCUGAUUGUGGUUAUCUGUGUGAACAGGAGCUUCCAUGAACCCAUGUACCUGUUUCUGUGCAGUCUGUUUGUUAAUGAACUCUACGGUAGUACUGGGCUGUUUCCACUCCUUCUGUUUCAGAUCCUUAAAGACGUUCACAUGGUUUCUGCUUCACUGUGUUUCCUGCAGGUUUUCUGUCUUUAUUCUUAUGGACUGAUUGAAUUUCUGACAUUAUCUGUCAUGUCAUACGACCGAUACCUGGCCAUCUGUUUUCCUCUACAGUAUAACACACGUAUGACGUCCAAUAAGGUUGCCAUGUUUACCGCUCUCAUCUGGUUUUAUCCCAUUUUGAUCAAUGUGAUCAUCGUCUACGGUCUGACUGAGCCUCUACAUCUGUGUGGAAACGUCAUUGAUAAAGUCUACUGUGAUAAUUAUUGUAUCGUUAAACUGGCCUGUUCGGACACCACAGCCAAUAACAUCUUUGGACUGUGUCAUGUUUUCGGUGUUAUCAUUUUCCUCAUCAUUUUAAUCGUCUACACCUACAUGAGGAUCCUUAAAGUGUGUUUUUCUGGCUCUAAACAGACCAGACAUAAAGCCGUCAGUACCUGUACACCUCACCUGGUGUCUCUGAUGAACUUUUCCUUCGGGGUUUUCUUUGAGAUAUUACAGAGCAGGUUUAAUAUGACUAACGUACCCAGCAUGAUGAGGAUUUUUUUGUCCUUAUACUGGCUCACGGGCCAACCGUUUGUCAACCCUUUAUUGCAUGGGCUGAAAAUGACCAAAAUACGCAUUGUAUAUAAAAGUCUGCUGUUUGGAAAAAGAAUGUAA